AAAAUGGCUCUUAAGGCAGCUCUCGCUGGAUGGGAUCCCCUCAGCCCCCCAUGGCUAGCCCUCCUGCCCUGACCACACCUCCUCUGCCUUUGCUCCCACCAGCUCAGCAGCACAACAUACCCGGUGGUUGUGAAGAUGGGGCAUGCGCACUCCGGCAUGGGCAAGGUCAAAGUGGACAAUCAGCAUGACUUCCAGGACAUCGCAAGCGUUGUGGCGCUGACCAAGACAUAUGCCACUGCCGAGCCCUUCAUCGACGCCAAAUACGAUGUGCGUGUCCAGAAAAUCGGGCAGAACUACAAGGCCUACAUGAGAACGUCAGUGUCAGGGAACUGGAAGACCAACACUGGCUCUGCAAUGCUUGAGCAGAUCGCCAUGUCUGACAGGUACAAGCUCUGGGUGGAUACAUGCUCGGAGAUUUUUGGGGGACUGGACAUCUGUGCAGUGGAAGCGUUGCAUGGCAAGGACGGAAGGGACCACAUCAUUGAGGUGGUGGGCUCCUCCAUGCCACUCAUUGGGGACCACCAGGAUGAAGACAAGCAGCUCAUCGUAGAGCUCGUGGUGAACAAGAUGGCUCAGGCCUUGCCCCGGCAGCGGCAGCAGCAGCAGCAGCAGCAGCAGCGGGAUGCCUCACCUGGCAGGGGCUCCCACAGCCAGACUCCCUCCCCAGGGGCCCUGCCCUUGGGUCGCCAGACCUCCCAGCAGCCUGCAGGCCCCCCAGCUCAGCAGCGACCUCCACCACAGGGUGGCCCUCCACAGCCUGGCCCAGGCCCCCAGCGCCAGGGACCCCCGUUGCAGCAGCGCCCGCCCCCACAGGGCCAGCAGCAUCUUUCAGGCCUUGGACCCCCAGCUGGCAGCCCCCUGCCACAGCGCCUACCGAGUCCCACAUCGGCGCCCCAGCAGCCUGUAUCCCAGGCUGCACCUCUGACCCAGGGUCAAGGUCGCCAAUCCCGGCCAGUGGCGGGAGGCCCAGGAGCGCCUCCAGCCGCUCGUCCGCCUGCCUCCCCAUCUCCCCAGCGCCAGGCGGGUCCCCCACAGGCUACCCGCCAGACAUCCGUCUCUGGUCCAGCUCCACCAAAGGCCUCAGGGGCACCACCGGGUGGGCAGCAGCGCCAGGGCCCUCCCCAGAAACCCCCAGGCCCUGCUGGCCCCACACGCCAGGCCAGCCAGGCAGGUCCUGGGCCCCGCACUGGGCCACCCACCACGCAGCAGCCUCGGCCCAGCGGCCCAGGCCCUGCCGGACGUCCUGCCAAGCCACAGCUGGCCCAGAAACCCAGCCAGGACGUGCCGCCACCCGCCACCGCCGCUGCCGGGGGACCCCCGCACCCCCAGCUCAACAAAUCCCAGUCUCUGACCAAUGCCUUCAACCUUCCAGAGCCAGCCCCGCCCAGGCCCAGCCUUAGCCAGGACGAGGUGAAAGCUGAGACCAUCCGCAGCCUGAGGAAGUCUUUCGCCAGCCUCUUCUCCGACUGACACCCCACCCUGAGAACCCCCAAAUCCCUGGGCAACCCUUCUCUGGGCCCUGAAUCCAUUUCUCACUUUUGGAGUCUCCAGAUCCCUUGAGAACCCCCUCUGCUGGUUCUCCCAGACCCCACUUCUCAUUCUUCAAGAUGCUCACAUCCCUUGAGAAACCUCAUGCCUGGUCCUAAACCUCAUUCUCCCAUCUGCAAGUUCCAGGUCCUUUUAGAACCCCACUCCUGCUCUCCGCCAGGUUGGUGUUAGAACCUCCAAGUUCCCAAAGGCCUCCUCUGCUGGUCUCCCCCAGAGGGCGUUUCCCUUCCUGGAAGCCCCCAAACACCAGGCCACUCGUUUCUAGCUCAGACACCACUUGAGCCUCCUCUGGAGCCCUGAAAUUCCUGGAAAACCCCACUCCUGGUCCCAGAUCUCCCCAGCACAAGAAACCCCUACCUUUGAGCCCCUUUCCACGGAUCUCCUCGCUCUCUCUCUGGAGAUCCACACCUUCGAACACCACCCACCACCAGGAUUUCCCUGCGCCCACUCCUCCAAGUCCAUUCAGCACUUUGGGAGCUCCUCCCACUUCCAGGACCCUUCGGUUCCCCCAGGGACACCCUCCCCAGAUUUCCUGCCUCUGACAGCUGUCUUUAAAUAUGCAAACUCCACCCAUCCUCUCAGAAUCCUUUGCACAUGGAAGGCCAGCGGUCUCCCACUUCCCCACCUUUGCCGUGACGUCUGUGUCUGUGACUGAUGUGGCCUCCUCUCGUGCCGUGCUUGGCAUAUGUGGUCCUCGUUCAUCGUGCCGCCUGUGGUGACGCGUGCAGUGACGCUGUUUGUGUGGUCCGCACCUCCCCCUCCCACCUCCACUCCUUGCCUGGACUCACCCCAUCCCUCAGCGGCUCUGAACCCCAAGAGAAGAGUCGGGAAGCUAAAUAAACAAGCAAAGGCCCAGCAGAA